AAAUUAAAUAAAAAUUCUUAUCAGUUGUUGGUAUUUCAGUUUAAAUUGAAUCAAAUUUUUUUAAAAAUGAUUAAUUAGUCGUUUGUUAACACUUGAGGUUUGAAUACACAAACAUCUAGUUGAAAGAUGUUAAAAAUAUUUGGAAUUUUUUUAUUAUUUUUAACAAUUUAUUGCACUUUUUUGGUAAAAUGUCAAAAAGAACCGCAUUUCCUAGGUAAUCGCUCUAGUAUAGUGCAUCUUUUCGAGUGGACUUGGCGUGAUAUAGCCAAAGAAUGUGAAGAUUUUUUGGGUCCUCAGGGAUUUGGUGGUGUGCAGAUUUCACCUCCUAAUGAGGUACGUGAAAUAGAGGGUAAACCCUGGUGGGCACGUUAUCAACCUCUCUCAUAUAUACUCACUUCUCGUUCGGGUAAUCAAGCUGACUUAAGCAAUAUGAUAGAUCGAUGCCAUCAAGCGGGUGUACGCAUUUACGUAGACAUAGUAGUGAAUCAUAUGACUGCUUAUGCUGAGGGUGAUUCCAUUGGUACGGCCGGUUCACGCUGUAAUUAUAAUAAACGUACUUAUCCAGCGGUACCCUAUGGCCCCAAUGAUUUUCACACACCCUGUAAUAUUAAAAAUUAUCAAAAUGUUUCUGAAGUAAGAAAUUGUCAAUUGAAUACGUUAUUGGAUUUAAAUCAAACUAUGCCUCAUGUACGUGGUAUGAUUGUUAAUUAUAUGAAUAAAUUAGUAGAUUUGGGAGUAGCUGGUUUUCGUAUCGAUGCUGCUAAACAUAUGUGGCCAGAAGAUUUGCAGAUUAUUUAUGGCAGAUUAAAGCCUUUGAAUGAAAAGUUUGAUUUUCCGAAGAAUACUUAA